CGACUUCUCGGGGCGUUAGCAGAAGAGAAGAAAAAGCGAUGGAAAAGCGGAAAAACAGUUGCCAGUUAGACAGUGAGCGCGUCGCAUCUACGCACGCAUCGAAAAGAUUCAGCGGCAGCAGCAGCAGCAGCAGCGCGUUCAGUGGUUGUUGUUGUUGGAAACGGUGGAAGCAAACACACACACACAUAGACACAGCCACAACACCAACACACCCAUACACACACACCAGCAAGCGGCCAGCAAACACAAUUUUCAGCUGGCCAACAGAAAAGAAACAAAAAGUUUGUUCAUCCUUAAUCGCUUUUUAUUUUCUACCCAACACAAUCGAAAAUGAAAAUUUGGAAAAUUUCAUACCAAAAGUGAAUUCAAUUAAACUGUGCAAUUUACGAGCUAGACGAUAAUUGAAAAAUCAAGGCACACACCUGCGCACAUGUGUCUGUGAGAGGGUCCUGUGUGUACUAUGCAUGUGUAUCUGUGUGAACUCGCCUGCGGCUGUAUGUGUGUUGAAGGCUAAGCAGAAAAUCAGCAGCCCACGGAAAAAGCCAACAAGUAAAGCGAGAAAUAAAAGUUGCAUGUGUCCCGAAAAAUCAGAAAAUUGCAAAUUGCAAAAAUUUGUUAGCCAAAGAAAGGAAAAGAAAAUCAAAUAAAAUUCACAGUGCAAAGUGACAACAUUUAAAAGUUAUUCGACAAUCGUGGAAAUCAAAAUAUUUCAAGGCAGCAAAGCCAUACAUAAAUCAUACCCCUUUCAAAUUAUCUUAUCUGGAAACAAAAAUCCAUUUAAUUUAACACCAACAAAUGCAUGCAUUAAAAUAUUAUUUAAUUGAUUUAUUAGUGAAUAAACGUUUCUUUGAGGGCCUCCGACUUUGGUUAGCUAUAUCUUAAGCCCACAUUCAUCUAGAUAUUUUACAGUUCUUGCCUGUUGCAGCCAAAGAGUUAGCAAACAAAGUGAUAAAGACAAAGUGUUCAAGACAAAAUGUUAUAAAUAUUAUUCAAAUAUUAUACAAAACAAAAACCAAAAUAAAUAACUUAACAAUUAAACGCUAAACUGGAAAUUGGAGCAAUGUCAAGGCACAGGUUUUCAACAGGAUGUUCUGGGUAAGAUGCGCACAAUUAGCUUAAACCGACAGCAGGACAUGGAGUGCAGAGGCAACAACAGCAACAACAACAACAAAAGCCAGAAUUUACAAGCAAAAGGAUAAUCACAAUCACCAAGCAGCGAAAUUAAAAUACCAAAGCCGAUACUAAACAACCGAACUAUUAUCGAACUAUUUUAAAACAAAAAACUUACACGUAGCACAACAGAAGCCUUACAAGACAACAAAACCAUUUGUGCUGUGCUUUAAUUAUAGUCAAAGAUAAUUACAACAACCCUCGAAGACCGCGUAAUUAUUACACAUUAAAUAAUAAUAUUAAUAUUAAUAAUCAUUAUUCUUCCACUUGCGAGUUUGAAAUGUGUACAUUUUUAAAUCGAUAUAUUUAAACUAUUAGCGAAUUAUUACUAACUGUUUAAACGUUCAUUAAAAACUUAGCAAAGAGCGUUGUGAAUUCAAAAAGAAGAAAUAAUUAAAUACUUUAGAACAAAUUGUACGCAAUUAGUAGAUUUUAAACGUAAGAUUUUAAUCCAAGCAAAAUUUUUAAACGAGCUUCAAACACACGAUAGACGAACAGAAAAAAAAAAACACCCACACCCGAGCAGAAACCUUAUCCUUAACCUUAACCACGGCGUCAGGACUUGUAAGGGUAACAACAAUCAAAUGCUUGGCUCACCGCCAGAAAGUAGGCAGCAGAAAGUACAGGCCAAAAAGUAGGCAGUAGAAAAUUUAUACAAAUUUGGCGCCAGCGGUGGAAAAAGGACGAAAAAAAAAGGGCAGGAAGGCGGAGAAGCAGAAAAGCAGCGCCAAGGACUCCGACGACCUUCGCGUGUGCAAGCGUCGUUGCACAAUAAAGGACGCCACUAACACUCUCACCCAGUCACAAACCCUACAUAUACUCACCUAGGCACACGGCCAAACAAACAUACACACACACACACACGCAGACACACCUACAUCCAAAAGCACAGGACAAUUGCAUGGGCGGCCGCCAUGACCGGAAGUGAAGUUCGGUCACGUCCACGUCCACUGGCCUUUGCAUAACAAUCAGCCCGCCAAGGAGCCGCCAAGAAGGUUCGGAGAAAGCGGGAGAAAGCAAGUGAAAAGCAGUAGAAGACAGAGCAAAAGGAGGAGCAACUGAAGGAUUCUAAAAACAACGAGCACAGGAAAGCCACUUUCACCCGCCAGCGGCCCGUAAAAAUGCAGGAAAUGAGCUACCUGCAGGAUAAUUCCAAGGUGGAGGCCCUCACUAAGGCGGUGCUCAUAUCCAUACUGGGCGUGGCCAUCGUCCUCUCCAACCUUCUCAUCAUCGCCACCUAUGCCAAUUUCAAGGGACCCACAGAGGUUAUCAACUAUUACCUUCUGUCCCUGGCCAUUGCCGAUCUGCUCUGCGGACUUCUGGUGGUGCCCUUCUCUGUGUAUCCCGCCUUGACCGGAGAAUGGAUGUACGGUGAUAUCGUAUGCCGCUUCACAGGUUACCUGGAGGUCACUUUGUGGGCGGUCUCUGUUUACACUUUUAUGUGGAUAUCGGUGGAUCGGUAUUUAGCAGUGAGAAAACCAUUGCGUUACGAAACGGUCCAAACGAAAACGAGAUGCCAAUGCUGGAUGGUGUUCACAUGGAUAUCGGCGGCCCUGCUCUGCUGCCCACCGAUCUUGGGCUACUCGAUGCCAAUUGAGAACAACAUGACGCACAUCUGCAUGCUGGACUGGGGGAAUAUGGCAGCAUAUAGUGCCACAUUGGCGAUUUUAGUCUUAGGUCCCAGCCUCAUUUCAAUCGUACACAACUACGGCUAUAUCUUUGUAAUGAUGCGUAAGAUUAGGUCCGGCGAGCCGAUACACGAUAAAGAAUAUGCAACUGCUCUGGCUGAAAAUUUAUCGAACCCUAGUCAUAUGAUGUCAUUCGCAUUAGUCUUUGCAUUCUGGGUGUCCUGGCUGCCAUGGAUUCUGUUGCGUCUGUAUGAGGUGGUCACGGGCGAUGUUAUCCAAAGUACUCUUAUCAACUUCGCCGUCGUCUGGAUCGGCAUAUUGAAUUCGUUUUGGAAAAUUCUGAUCAUGACCAGUAUGUCGCCGCAAUUCCGUAUCGCUUUGAGAGUAUUUUGCUUAACCAUUUGUUGUAAGACUAAGGGCCGUUUGCAAGCAGAGCUAAUCGGGUUGGACCCAGAUGACUAGAGUUAGAUUUAGAUUUUCAUUCUCCUCAAAAAAAUAAUAAGAAAAAUCCGCAAAAUAUACCCCGCUCCCCAACCCGAUCCUCAAUCCCUUUGAGAAGAACUACAAAGUCCUGCAAGUAAAAAAAUUGGUUGUAAUUGCAUUGAGCCAUUUCCUUAACUCUCUCUCUCAAUAUAUAUCUCUCUCUCGAUAUUAACACUUACUUGCCUGUUUGCCAUAUAGUUGCAUAUUUACGGGCCGUUUGGCGCUACGCGACAUGCCAAUGAAAGCACCACCCACAGCCACAGCCACAGCCACUGAAAAACUAAACUCAAAAACGCAACCACUCAACCACUCAGCCACCCAACCACCAUACAGCAACCAACCACACAGAAAAACACCAAAAAAUAACACAGACACGUUGAAAGACAUAUUCAUAUUUCUAGACCUAAGCUAAGCUAAGAGUUUUAGCGUAUCCAAUUAUGAUUGAUUAAUUGAUUGAUUGAAUUGAAUUGAUUGACGAUUAUUAUUGUGUAUUUAUGAGCUUACCACGUAUAUACUUGUACUUAACUCUAGCCAUAUACAUAUGUAGCAGCGAUUCUAAUUCUAAUUCGUAGACAAGAGACAAUUCACUAGGCAAGAACAACAUUUCCGUUUCCGGUUUACAGUUCAAACUUGCUACUAAAACAACAAUAUAUAUAAAUAUAUAAAAAUCAUAUGCUACUCAAGAAGCAAGAUAAUUAUCUAAUGAAUGCAUAAGUAUAAAACCUUUUUCAAAGUCCAUAUUAAGUAGUAUUUAGAAUUUUACAAAACAAAUCGUGUAGAGUUUAUUAAACAAUUUGCCAAACUUGACGACGGGCCGGAAAUAUAAGAAUUCUAAAUUCGGAAAACUUUCAAUCUUCGCACGCUUUGCGAAUGCGCUUUAGAAACGGAAAACCUAGUAGGCCCACAAAACGAAAGCAAAAAUGUUAAAAAAAAACCCCAAUGAAGAACAUACGCGAAAAAAGACAUUUCCAGUAGUUCUUAGAGAUAUAAUAAUAAAUGAAAGGAUAGGCUAGUGUGAAGUUUCGAUCGUUGUUUAAAUCGGCAGAUCCAGAUGCAGAUGAAGAUGCCAUGUAUUUUCCCUUUUGGCCGCCCCUGAACGCUUCGAUUUGGUGGGGUUCCCAAUUUCGCCUAGUUCCCUUAGUGGGUCAAAUUCAGUUUCCCAGGUCCCUUCAAUGAAGCGUCCAGGGUCCCAAGUCGAGUGUUUGUCGUUGAAUAUUGUCAAUCAUCAUUUGGUGUUGAUGAUAUCUUAGCCACAAACAUGCCAAAUUUGGAAAAUAGUGAACUCGAAAUGAAUUCGAAAACGAAACAUUGUGUAUAUUUUGUUGUUGUACAUUUCAUUGACGAUCUUUUGUACAUUUAGUUAUAGUUCAAAACUAAUUUACACACCAAAAAGCAAGUGUUAUCGAUUUUUAAGUGUAAGGAAAUUGUUAGAGCCGUAUAAGCAGAUAGAAAAGGCGUUUCCACAAAUAUAAACAAGGAACGCAGUAAAUAAAAGCAAAAAUGAUGAUAAGGUA